AUGAAGCGCCCAUUUGGCUCAGCACAGGUAGUACCCAUCCUGCUCCUUCUCGUGCUAUUCCUAUACAAGACAUGCAACGCAGUAUCCCUCCUAGAUUCCAUAAAGCACGACUUACAAAUCGUGAAUAAUCAUAACUUCAACACAGUAGUUAACAAAUUUAGAAGCGAAAAAGUUUUCUCCAUUCUGUUCUUUCAAAAAACAAACAAAAAUAUAAAAGAUGUAAUCAAAAAUUACAAUGAUGUUGCAUCCAAGUUCAAAGGAAUCUUCACCCUCUGUAUAGCUGAUUGUGAUGAAAACCCUACCCUUUGUGAAAGUGAAUUAUCCCUCUACGUACCAGAUUAUAAGACCAAAAAUAAUCACCACUUGCUGAUAUACCCUAUAAACCCAAUGCCUAAAUUUCUAUUCAAUGAAGAAAUGAAUGAAGCAAAUUUUAAAAAAUACACCUACCUUAUUCCAUCAAAAAUUGAUAUUAUUAAGGAUGAAAAGGAUUUUACUGUCUUCCUAUCGAAGCAUGAAAAUAUGCCCAAGGUCCUUGUCUUUAGCAACAAGAAGAAACCUAAUUAUGUACUGAAUGCUUUAAGUAACAGCUUCAAUAAGAAAUUAAUGUUCUGCUAUAUUAAUAAUGAAUUGAAUGGCCUUGUACAGAAGUACAAUAUCAAAACCUUUCCUACUAUAGUAAUUUUAAAAAAGGGUAAAUUAGUAGAUACAUAUAAAGGUAAGCCCAAUUUUAUUAGCAUGUUCGAUUGGCUAAAUGUACACUCUGAAACAUUUGUCCUCGGUGGAGGCUUCGACAUAUCACCAGAUAAAACCGUUGACAAACCAUGGAAAUUUGAACUGGUUCCAAAAUUCACGAAAAUGUCACACGGAGAUAUUUGCUUUAAGAAAGCCGACAAAGGGCUGUGUGUUAUUUAUUUGAAAGAGGGCGAUAAAUUAGAAAAAAACGAAAUUGAUAUGCUCCUUUCGCUCAAGGAAAAGUUUAAGCCUCACAUAGAUGGAAGAGGCGUCAACUUCCGAUACAUGUGGAUUGACAUUGCUACGGAGACCAACUUCCGCACUCUAUUCGAAGUCAAGAACUAUCCCUCCGUUGUCGUCUUCAACCCAUAUAAGCGAAUUCGUUACGCAAAAAUGAACGAAGAUUUGGUUGCUACGAAAGAAAAUGUUGAAAAACUUUUAGAAAAAAUAUCUGGAGGAGAUGCUAAAUUCACCAUGCUCAAGGGGCAAACUUUGCCUGAGUUCGUUCAGGACGAUUCGGACCCCAAGGCGAACGAAAAGGAUGAAUUAUAA